UAAAUCGAUACCGAGUUCGUCACGAAACAUAAGUGUCAUGGCGGAGUUAGAGGAAAACGCUCGUGAGAAGGACAAAUUGUCGGCAAGAAACAGUAGAACCGGGGACGCUGAAAACAUGAAAACGCCGAUUCACAAGCCCUGUGCCCAGGGCAAGCAAGACACAGCCUCCGCUGUCACCACCACGGAGUACUGCGAAAGAUUACAGGAGUGGAUGUGGCAGUACUACUACAGCUAUAUGAACUGGCAGAGCUGGAUAGCCAUGUCUGCGCUUUCCUUCCCGCCGUGUUUGUCAACACAAGGAGCAAAUGAAACGCCUGGGGGGACGACAUGGGGUGCAGAAAUGAUUAACGGAGACCUUCGCAAUUGGUUUAGCAGCCCGUUUGGUUUUCCUGCUGUAGCUGCGAACGCGAGCGGACAGAGUUCCCGAGCGCCCGCCACAGCGCAUGCGCAGCGGCCACAACAACAACAACUACAGCAGCCUAAUGGAGAUGCGCAACAACCAGGUAGGGAAUAUUAUAUUCCCUCUCCUUUCCAACGGUUCUUGGCAGAAAUGGUGGAUUUCUUUAUUCUUUUUUUCAUUAAAGCUACAAUUAUCCUCAGUAUUGUCCACUUGAGUGGAAUGAAGGACAUCUCAAAGUUUGCCAUGCACUUCAUUGUAGAGGAGAUUGAUGAGGACACAUCAAUGGAGGAAUUGCAGAAAAUGAUGCUUGUGGCUCUAGUGUACAGGAUAUUAGUUUGCUUUUAUGAGAUCAUAUGUAUUUGGGGGGCUGGUGGAGCGACACCAGGGAAGUUCCUCAUUGGCUUACGAGUGGUGACAUGUGACAGCUCCGUCCUGGUUCAGCCGAACCGCGUUCUUGUGGUCCCAGCGACUAAUGUCACGCUUUCUGCGUCAACGGUGAGAGCGUUAAACAAGAACUUCUCCAUCGCUUUCUUCUUUCCAGCGUUCAUCACACUACUUUUCUUUCAGCACAACAGGACUGUGUAUGACAUUGUGGCCGGAACCAUUGUGGUCAAGAGAAAUAGGCUUAGAUGACUUUGUCAACACCAAUGAGACUGUGAUGCAAAAACAAGCUUGUAAACAAAAGAGAGCGAACUAGCUGCAGUGUUACAUACUGAACUGAACUAAAGCUAAAGGCCUCUCGAAGAACGGUCACUUUAAGAGCUGAACACGGAAUUUCCAGUAAUUCUCACCCUUCUUCUUUGGACACUAUCUUCUAAGCACGAACUGCUUUCUCAAAAGUGUUUUUUAAGAAUCUGUGUUGACAUCUUUGAAUAUUUUUCUUGUGCCAAAAUAAGAUAAUUUAUAAAUGCUCCUGCCUCACAAUA